UUACUCUUCUGCAUCCUUUUGUCCCUACUCUUCCACUUCAAGGAGACAACGGCCACUCACUGUGGGGUGCCCUCGGUGAGCUCGGCCAUCGGCGGGGAAGUGCCCCAGCGCUACGUGUGGCGUUUCUGCAUCGGCCUGCACUCGGCGCCUCGCUUCUUGGUGGCCUUUGCCUACAGGAACCACUACCUCAGCUGCGCCUCCCCACAUUCCUGCUACCGCCCACUCUGCCCCAUCAACUUCGGACUCAAUGUCGUGGAGAACCUCGAGUGGCUAAUGCUCACUUACGUCUUCUCCUCUGAGGACUUCCACGAAAACGCCUUCGUUGUGUUCAUCACCUCAUCCCUCGGGCACAUGCUCCUCACCUGCAUUCUCUGGCAGCUGACCAAGAAGCACACAGUAAGUCAGGAGGAUCUCAAGUCCUACAGCUGGGAACAGCGGCUCUUCGUCAUCAACUUCGUCUCCUUCUUCUCGGCGCUGGCUGUCUACUUCUGGCACAACAUGUAUUGUGAGGCUGGAGUGUACACCAUCUUUGCCAUCCUGGAAUACACUGUUGUCCUAACUGACAUGGCGUGCAACAUGACGGCCUGGUGGGACUUCAGGGACAAGGAGCGGCUCAUAACCUCUCAGCCUGAGAAAAAACGAUUCUGA